AAAACCCAUCUAAAGAUUUAUCCGGUCUAAUCUAACAAGUAACGGAAACCAUCUAGAAACUCACGCAAUCCUGAUUUCCGCGGCUUAACAAAAUAUAGAACCCCGCCCCGCCGUGUGAGUCCCAGCCACGGCGAAACGCGAUGCCGGAGAAUUUUUUCAUUCAUAAAUCGAUUCUCUCUCUUCAUUCCGUUCGUUCAUAAAUCAAUCUUCAAAUCACACUACUAUACUACAGACUGAUUAAUUUAGGGUUUAGGUUAAUUAAAUGGCGACCGCUUCUCAGUCGCACCCUCACCUCCACUCUCACUCCCAUCCCCACCGUUAUAUUGGUCCUCCCUCUGUCGUACCCGGCGAUGCUCUGAAUCGCAUCCUCGCCGACCUCUGCACCCGUGGCAACCCUAAGGAAGGUGCCUCUUUAGCUUUUAAGAAGCAUCUAGAAGAAGAAGCUCGCGACCUAAGUGGUGAAGCUUUUUCUCGAUUUAUGGAUCAAUUGUAUGAUAAGAUAUCAAGCCUUUUAGAGAGUAGUGAUGUUGCUGAGAAUCUUGGAGCUCUUAGGGCAAUUGAUGAGUUAAUUGAUGUGGCGCUCGGAGAGAAUGGUUCCAAGGUCUCUAGAUUCUCAAGUUAUAUGAGGACUGUUUUUGAGGCGAAGCGUGAUCCUGAGAUUUUGGUUCAUGCUAGUAGGGUUCUUGGUCACCUUGCUAGAGCUGGUGGAGCUAUGACUGCUGAUGAAGUUGAACGCCAGGUUAAAAUUGCACUGGAUUGGCUUGAAGGGCCCAGAGUGGAGUAUCGGCGUUUUGCCGCUGUUUUAAUCUUGAAAGAAAUGGCAGAAAAUGCUUCAACUGUUUUCAAUGUCCAUGUGCCGGAAUUUGUAGAUGCUAUCUGGGUUCCUUUGCGAGAUCCAGCAUUGCCAGUUCGUGAGCGGGCUGUGGAGGCAUUGCGUGCCUGCCUUAAUGUUAUUGAAAAGCGUGAGACACGAUGGCGUGUGCAAUGGUAUUAUCGAAUGUUUGAGGCCACACAGGAUGGAUUAGGUAAAAACGCCCCAGUGCACAGUAUACACGGUUCAUUGCUUGCUGUUGGAGAGCUUUUGAGGAAUACUGGGGAGUUCAUGAUGUCAAGAUACCGAGAAGUUGCCGAAAUUGUUCUUAGAUAUCUAGAGCACCGGGAUCGGCUUGUUCGCUUGAGCAUAACUUCGUUGCUACCUCGAAUUGCACAUUUUCUGCGUGAUCGUUUUGUUACCAACUAUUUAACAAUAUGCAUGAAUCAUAUUCUUUCCGUCUUGAAAGUUCCUCAAGAUCGUGAUAGUGGGUUCAUUGCUCUCGGAGAGAUGGCUUUAGCACUGGAUGGGGAACUUAGCCAUUAUUUGCCGACCAUAUGCACUCAUUUACGCGAGGCAGUAUGUUACACUAUUGAUGCCAGUCUUGAGCCAUAUUUUUUUCUUGCUGCUUGUUUCAUUUCUUGUUUAAAGAUUGCUCCCCGUAGGAAUAAACCUUCACUUGAGGCCUUGGCAUGUGUUGGAAAUAUAGCAAAAGCAAUGGGGCCUACUACUGAACCUCAUAUUCGAGGCCUUCUGGAUGUUAUGUUUUCUUCUGGUCUUUCAACUGUUCUUGUGGAAACUCUUGAGCAAAUAAGUAUGAGCAUUCCAUCCCUGAUGCCAACCAUUCAAGACCGGCUACUGGACAGUAUAUCUAUGGUUCUUUCUAAAUCUCCUUAUCUAGGGAGGCCUGCACAAAGCAUCGGUAAAGGAACAAUUAUAAAUAUCGGUCAGCAAGUUUCAGAGCUUAGUGGUUCUUCUCUCAUACAGCUUGCUUUGCAGACCCUUGCUCGCUUUAACUUUAAGGGCCAUGAUCUACUUGAGUUUGCGAGGGAAUCAGUUGUUGUCUAUUUGGAUGACGAGGAUAGAUCUACACGAAAAGAUGCAGCUCUAUGUUGUUGCAAAUUAAUUGCUACUUCUUUCACUGGUAUUGCAAGCGCACAUUUUGGUUCUAACAGGUUGUCUCGAUCAGGAGGGAAGCGCCGUCGUCUUGUUGAGGAGCUUGUGGAGAAGCUUCUCAUUUCUGCUGUUGCUGAUGCUGAUGUUACUGUACGCCACUCUAUCUUCACUUCUGUUCAUGGAGAUAGAGGUUUUGAUGAGUAUUUGGCACAGGCUGACAAUUUGAGUGCAGUAUUUGCUGCUUUAAAUGACGAGGAUUUUGAUGUUCGAGAGUACACAAUUUCUGUGGCUGGAAGGUUGUCAGAGAAAAAUCCUGCAUAUGUUCUUCCAGCUCUUCGUCGAUAUCUCAUACAAUUGUUAACAUACUUGGGGCAAAGUGCAGAUAGCAAAUGCAAGGAGGAAAGUGCGAAGUUAAUUGGCUGUUUGAUAAGGAAUUGUGAAAGACUAAUACUUCCGUACAUUGCUCCAAUUCAUAAGGCACUUGUGGCCAGACUUCUUGAUGUUAGUGCCAAUAUUGGAAUUAUUAGUGGAGUCCUUGUAACUGUGGGGGAUCUUGCCAGGGUGGGAGGUUUUGCAAUGAGGCAAUACAUUCCCGAACUUAUGCCUUUAAUUGUUGAAGCUUUAUUGGAUGGAGCAGCUGUCUCCAAACGUGAAAUAGCUGUUGCUACUCUUGGUCAAGUUGUACAGAGCACUGGGUACGUUAUUACUCCAUAUAAUGAGUAUCCACAAUUACUUGGGUUACUCUUAAAAUUACUGAAUGGUGAGCUAGUGUGGUCUACCAGACGCGAAGUAUUGAAGGUUCUUGGCAUAAUGGGUGCUUUGGAUCCUCAUUUGCAUAAGCGAAAUCAAAAAGCACUUCCAGGGCCUCAUGGAGAAGUUACACGCCCUGCUUCUGAUUCAAAUCAACAGAUUCAGUCUAUCGAUGAAUCUCCCAUGGACUUGUGGCCUUCUUUUGCUUCAUCAGAUGACCAUUAUUCCACGGUUGCGAUUAAUUCUCUCAUGCGGAUUUUGAGGGACCCAUCACUUGCUAGUUACCACUUAAAGGUGGUUGGGUCUCUGAUGUUCAUAUUCAAGUCAAUGGGACUAGGCUGUGUUCCAUACUUGCCAAAGGUUUUGCCUGAUCUCUUUCACACUGUUCGUACAUGUGAAGAUAGUUUGAAGGACUUUAUAACAUGGAAGCUUGGAACUCUGGUGUCAAUUGUGCGCCAGCACAUUCGAAAAUAUCUGCAAGAUUUGUUUUCUUUGGUUUCAGAAUUAUGGUUAGCAUUCUCUCUUCCAGCACCAACUCGUCCUUCUCUUGGCUAUCCGGUACUUCACCUGGUAGAACAACUUUGCUUGGCUCUUAAUGAUGAAUUUAGGACAUAUCUACCGGUUAUUCUGCCGAGAUGUAUUCAGAUAAUCAGUGAUGCAGAACGGUGCAAUGAUUACACUUAUGUUCUUGAUAUUCUCCACACCCUAGAAACUUUUGGUGGGACUUUGGAUGAGCAUAUGCAUCUACUUCUACCUGCUCUUAUUAGGUUGUUUAAAGUGGAUACCUCAGUUAACAUAAGACGUGCUGCAAUUAAAACUUUAAUAAGAUUGAUCCCUCGUGUGCAGGUCACUGGUCACAUAUCCGCCCUUGUUCAUCACUUGAAGUUAGUUUUGGAUGGGAAAAAUGAUGAGCUCCGAAAGGAUGCUGUUGAUGCACUUUGUUGUUUGGCUCAUGCACUUGGCGAGGAUUUCAAGAUUUUUAUACCAUCAAUAAACAAACUUCUUCGGAAAUAUCAAUUGCAGCACAAGGAGUUUGAGGAAAUUGAAGGCCGUUUGCAGAGACGUGAGCCACUAAUCCUUGGGACCACAGCUACUCAAAGACUGAACCGUCGACUUCCUGUUGAGGUUAUUAGUGAUCCGCUAGAUGAUGCAGAGAAUGAUCCUUAUGAAGCUGGAUCUGAUUCUCACAAACUCAAGGGACAUCAGGUUAAUGAUAGUCGAUUGCGAUCUGCUGGGGAAGCUUCUCAGCGAAGUACCAGGGAAGAUUGGGCAGAAUGGAUGAGACAUUUUAGCAUUCAACUUCUAAAGGAAUCUCCUUCUCCAGCCCUACGAACCUGUGCUAGGCUUGCUCAGUUGCAGCCUUUUAUUGGGAGGGAAUUGUUUGCGGCUGGAUUUGUCAGCUGUUGGGCACAGUUGAAUGAGGCCACUCAGAGACAUAUGGUUCGAAAUCUGGAAAUGGCAUUUUCUUCUCCACAUAUUCCUCCGGAAAUAUUGGCGACUCUUCUCAAUUUGGCUGAGUUCAUGGAACAUGAUGAGAAACCUCUUCCUAUUGACAUUCGCCUUCUGGGUGCUCUUGCGGAGAAGUGUCGUGCAUUUGCAAAGGCCUUGCACUAUAAAGAAAUGGAAUUUGAAGGAGCUCGUUGCACCAAGAUGGAUGCUAAUCCAGUUUCUGUAGUUGAAGCUCUUAUUCAUAUAAACAACCAAUUGCACCAACACGAGGCCGCAGUUGGAGUAUUGACCUAUGCUCAACAACAUCUAGAAUUUCAACUUAAGGAGUCAUGGUAUGAGAAACUGCAGCGAUGGGAUGAUGCUCUCAAGGCAUAUACUGCAAAGGCAUCUCAAGUAACAAGUGCACAACUUGUGUUGGACACCGCUUUAGGUAGGAUGAGAUGCCUUGCUGCAUUAGCUCGAUGGGAAGAGUUAAGUGAUCUAUGUAAGGAAUAUUGGACCCCAGCUGAUGCAGUAACUCGUCUUGAAAUAGCACCAAUGGCUGCUAAUGCUGCUUGGAACAUGGGAGAAUGGGACCAAAUGGCUGAAUAUGUGUCUCGGUUAGAUGAUGGCGACGAAACAAAAAUUCGAACUGCAGGAAAUAAUGCUUCUAGCAGUGACGGAAGUAGUAAUGGCACCUUCUUCAGGGUUGUUCUAUCAGUUCGCAGAGGAAAGUAUGAUGAAGCACGGGAGUAUGUUGAAAGAGCUAGAAAAUGUCUGGCAACAGAGCUUGCUGCUUUGGUUUUGGAGAGCUAUGAGCGGGCUUACAGCAAUAUGGUUCGUGUUCAGCAGCUAUCUGAACUAGAAGAGGUGAUUGAUUACUGUACACUUCCUAUUGGAGACAGAGUUGCUGAAGAGCGACGGGCUCUUAUUCGUAACAUGUGGACUCAGCGUAUAGAAGGAGCCAAGAGCAAUGUUGAGGUUUGGCAGGCACUUUUGGCUGUUAGAACACUUGUGCUGCCACCUGGGGAAGACAUUGAAACAUGGCUAAAAUUUGCUUCCCUUUGCAGAAAAAGUGGGCGCAUUAACCAAGCAAGAUCUACUUUAGUUAAACUUCUACAGUAUGACCCUGAAAUAACUCCUGAAAAUGUCCGAUAUCAUGGCCCACCUCAAGUAAUGCUUGCAUACUUGAAGUUCCAGUGGUCACUUGGAGAGGAUUCAAAGCGCAGAGAGGCAUUUGUUAGGCUACAGAAUUUAGCUAUGGAAUGUUCAAAUGUACCCAACAUUCAGCCAGUUACGCACCCAGUCUUCACAAGUGGUUUAAAUCCAAGUGUUCCUCUCCUUGCUCGUGUUUAUCUGAAUCUUGGCUCCUGGCAGUGGGCACUUUCUCCUGGACUGGUUGAGGAAUCCAUAAAAGAUAUACUCGAUGCAUUCUUAAAAGCUACUCAAUAUGCAAAUAAAUGGGCCAAAGCUUGGCAUAAAUGGGCAUUGUUCAAUACAGCAGUGAUGUCUCAUUACACUUUAAGAGGUUUCCCAGACACUGCAGCACAGUUUGUUGUUGCUGCUGUCACCGGAUACUUUCAUUCUAUAGCAUGUGCAGCAAAUUCGAAAGGUGUUGACGGGAGUUUACAGGAUAUUCUUCGCCUUUUAACACUAUGGUUCAACCAUGGAGCUACUGCAGAAGUUCAAAUGGCCCUAACGAAAGGAUUUUCCCUAGUUAAUAUCAAUACCUGGCUAGUUGUUCUGCCUCAAAUAAUUGCCAGGAUACACUCUAAUAACCAUGCCGUGAGAGAGUUGAUACAAUCACUGUUGGUUCGAAUUGGGCAAAACCAUCCACAGGCUCUCAUGUAUCCUUUGCUUGUGGCCUGUAAAUCAAUAAGUAACUUGCGUAAAGCUGCAGCUCAGGAAGUUGUGGACAAAGUUCGGCAGCACAGUGGUGUACUUGUGGAUCAGGCCCAACUUGUAUCAAAAGAGCUUAUCAGAGUUGCUAUUCUUUGGCACGAGCUAUGGCAUGAAGCACUUGAAGAAGCCAGCCGUCUUUAUUUUGGUGAACAUAAUAUUGAAGGGAUGUUAAAGGUGUUGGAACCGCUGCACGAAAUGCUUGAAGAAGGUGCAAUGAAAAACAAUGCUACCAUAAAGGAGAGAGUAUUUAUUGAGGCCUAUCGACAGGAAUUGUUGGAGGCAUAUGAAUGCUCAAUGAAUUAUAAGAGAACUGGGAAAGAUGCUGAGCUUACUCAGGCAUGGGAUAUCUAUUAUCAUGUAUUCAGAAAGAUAGAUAAGCAACUUCAAAGUCUUGCUACUUUAGACUUGGAGACGGUUUCUCCAGAGUUGCUGGAAUGCCGAAAUUUAGAGCUUGCCGUUCCUGGGACAUACUGCGCUGAUGCACCAGUGGUUACUAUUGCAUCAUUUGCACCCCAGCUUGUUAUCAUACCAUCUAAGCAACGGCCCCGGAAAUUAACUAUUCAUGGGAGUGAUGGUGAUGAUUAUGCCUUCUUAUUGAAGGGGCACGAGGAUUUACGCCAGGAUGAACGAGUCAUGCAGCUUUUUGGCUUGGUGAAUACCCUGCUGGAGAAUUCUCCUAAAACAGCUGAGAAAGAUCUGUCGAUUGAACGAUAUGCUGUAAUCCCUUUAUCUCCAAACAGUGGUCUAAUUGAAUGGGUCCCGAAUUGUGAUACUUUGCAUUCACUUAUCAGGGAGUACAGGGAUGCUAGAAAGGUCAUCUUGAAUCAUGAACACAAAUGCAUGCUUAAUUUUGCACCUGAUUAUGACCAUUUGCCUCUUAUAGCUAAAGUGGAGGUGUUUGAGUAUGCUUUGCACAAUACUGAAGGAAACGACCUAGCAAAGGUGCUUUGGUUAAAAAGUCGAACUUCUGAGGUAUGGCUCGAGAGGAGAACAAAUUAUACCAGAAGUUUGGCAGUUAUGAGCAUGGUUGGCUACCUUCUUGGGUUGGGUGAUCGUCAUCCUAGCAAUCUAAUGUUGCAUCGGUUUAGCGGGAAGAUUUUACACAUCGAUUUUGGAGACUGUUUUGAAGCAUCGAUCAAUCGAGAGAAGUUCCCGGAGAAGGUUCCAUUUCGCUUGACAAGAAUGCUUGUGAAAGCUAUGGAAGUUAGUGGAAUCGAAGGAAAUUUCCGCUCAACUUGUGAAAAUGUUAUGCAAGUUUUGAGAACAAAUAAAGAUAGUGUUAUGGCCAUGAUGGAGGCCUUUGUGCAUGAUCCUCUUAUAAAUUGGCGUCUUUUCAACUUCAAUGAAGUUCCGCAAAUGUCCAUGCUUACUAGCAAUCAUGCACCUCCUACUGUAACUAGUGAAGAAUCUGGCCCAAAUCGAGAGCUUCCUCAUCCUCAACGCGGUGUUCGUGAAAGGGAACUUCUUCAGGCGGUUAACCAACUCGGUGAUGCAAACGAGGUUCUGAAUGAGCGUGCCGUGGUUGUCAUGGCUCGUAUGAGUAACAAGCUUACCGGUCGAGAUUUUUCAACUUGCUCUUCAGUAUUAAACAGCUCCCUUCCAAAUGCAGUGGACCAUAGCAACUUAAAUUCUGGAGACUCUCGAGAAAUUGAUCAUGCUUUAUCUGUGAAAUUGCAAGUACAAAAAUUAAUUUCCCAUGCUACCUCACAUGAAAAUCUAUGUCAAAACUACGUUGGGUGGUGCCCUUUCUGGUAAAUCAAGGGAGCUGUAAAUAUUGAUAUUCUGUACAAAGUGAAGACUUGUCAUGGAUCCUACCCCAUCCUCUUUCCCCUACAUCUUUAAUGUGUAUAUUGUACAGUCAUUUGCUACAGUUUACAUGCUUGGUCCUUGUAGUUAAGACUGCAUUUUAAUAGGGUCUAUAUCCCUCCCCAAUCAUUAAAUUGUGUAUAUGUAUAUUAUGUACAUCUGUAUAUGUAUAUAAAGCCAUUUGUUCCUGUGAUUA